GGUGAGGCUGCGUUUAUCCGCGUCGAUACCUCUAGGUUACGCCACAACGCUCGUCAGGCUUCUCCUUGACGCGCAUACGUCGAAUCCGGAGCCGCGUAACCGCACGCCGUCUACACGAAGAGCACUCAAAGGCUGUCAACUAGGCGAUAAAUCACGCUGCAGCGCGCGCGCGCGCACGCAUCUGUGACGCAAACUAACCACGAUGGACCACGGCGAGCUGCCACACGGCGAGCUGCCACCCAAAAAGAAGAAGAAGACCAAAAGGAAGGCCGUCGCCUUCGAGGAGCCCGCCGCGCCAGCGCCAGCACCCGCAGAGCCCGAAGAGGAGGAAGAGAUUGGCUGGGGCGCCUUCUGCGACUCGCUAGAAUUAGACAGAAGAUUAGCCCGGGCCGUGGCGCAGCUCGGCUGGACGCGGCCCUCUUUGGUGCAAAAGGCGACGCUGCCCGUCGCGCUCUCGGGCCGCGACUGUCUAGUAAGGGCGCGCACGGGCUCGGGCAAGACGGCGUGUUAUGCGUUACCGAUCCUGCAGAAGGUGCUGCGGGACAAGGCGUCCGCCUCUGAUGCGCGAAAAGCUUACAACGGUGUGCGGGCAUUGGUGCUCCUACCUACUAGAGAACUGGUCGCGCAGGCUCGCAGACAAUUAUUAGAACUAGCGGCCUACUGCCGCGAGUCGGUCACGGUGGUCGCUUUAAGGGGAGACAGCGCGCGCGACGACGCCUUAUCCGUAUCUGAGUCAAGGGGUGAUAUUGUGUGCGCGACGCCCGCCGCCGCGAGGGAAGCGUCCGAAGCUUUACUAGAAGCAAAGCACCCCCUCGAAGAGCUCGGGAGCACGUGCGCGUCCUACGUCAUCGACGAGGCCGACCUAGUCUUAGGCUUUGGCUACGACGAGGACGUCUCCGCAUUGAUCGACCGCUUGCAGUCUCACAAUAAACCUCAAGGUAUCUUGCUAUCGGCGACGCUCGGUGCCGACGUCCGCGGCCUGAAGAAAUUAGCUCUGAGGAAGGCCGCGACCAUAACCCUCGACGAGGCCGCAGGAGUGUUCGGUGGGAGUCGCGACGACGAGGCGCAGUUGGCGCAGUAUUAUGUCGCCGUGCAGGACGGCGAUAAAGAUUUAGUGACGUACGUCAUGCUGAAACUCGGGCUGCUGUCGGGUCGAGGCGUACUAUUUGUCAAUAGCGUCGACCGGUGUUAUCGGUUAAAGCUGUUCCUGGACUUGUUUUCGAUCCGGACGUUAGUCUUGAAUGCGGAGCUACCUUUAGCGUCGCGGUUGCACGCCAUCGAGGCCUACAACCGGGGCUACUACGAUUUGUUAGUAGCUACUGAUGCGUCCGUGGAAGCCGUCGCGGCCGAUGACGAAGCACCGAAAAGCGCGGACGAGACCUUCGGCGUGGCCCGCGGCAUCGAUUUUAGAGAUGUGAAGUGGGUCCUGAAUGUUGAUUUACCAGAAACGCCGAUGUCGUAUACGCACCGCGUCGGGAGGACGGCUCGGGCCGGUGCGAGGGGCACGGCGUUGUCCCUCGUGUCGAUCGGCGGUAGAAAGGACGAUUCAGAGCGUUUGACAAAUAUCCAGAAGGCGCAACCCCCUAGGAAAAUAGCAGCACUGCGAGCAGGUGGUGCCUGCGACGUCGUCGCCGCUUUGGAUAUCGGGGAAGACGACGCGGGCGCCGGUGCCCACGUGCCGCAGCCGGCGCGCUUAGCGUUUGACGCCGCGGCCUGCGAACCGUUUCGAUAUCGCGUCGCGGACGUCUCGCGGGGCGUCACGCACGCCGCGGUCCGCGAGGCGCGCGCCGCGGAACUAAGGAGGGAGAUGCUCAACUCCGAAGCGUUGAAGGACCACUUCGAGGCGAAUCCCGGCGAUCUAGCCGUGCUGACGCACGACCGGGCGGAGUUGCACGUCCGGCGGGACCUCGUGGCGGCGCAGGUGCGGCACGUGCCCUCAUACUUGGUUCCUCCGUCGUUGGCCGCGGCAGGGGCCGCGCCGAAAGCGUCGUUCAAGCGCAAGAAGCGUUCCGAUCGCGGCGGCGCGAAGCGGCGGCGGGGCGACACGUCGUCCACGCGGCGCAAGGACAACGACCCUUUACAGACGUUCGAUUCUGGGGGUUUGGAUUCUACGCCGAAGAGCGGCGAGCUCUUCGAGGAGGAGGAGGAGGAGGAAGAAGCUGUCCAAGAGCCGCCGCGCGUCUUCGACGAGCGGUCCCCCGAGCUGUCCCAGAACCAGUCGACGGCCGGCCGCGUCGCCUGGAAGAAGGCGCACAAGAAGGGGGGCUUCAAGCCCGGCGGGCCGAAGCGGCUGAAGAAGUUCAGCAAGGGGGACGGGUUCCGUAAGAAGAAGUUCUAAGGAGUGGUCUGUAUCUUGAGCUUCUCUACUCGCGGUCCACGGGGAGCCUGAGAUCGGUGGGCCCGGGCCUGCGUCGAUGGCGUCAGGAACUAGUGUAAUGGAUAAGGAUCAGGUUAGGAUAUUUUGGACAACUAAUUGGUUGGUCGAUGUUGCAUUGGUGUCGGGCCCUUCGGGGCCUGGCAGGUGAUAGGGCCGGCGUCAGCGCUG